AUGGCUGACGCCGUACCUCCUCCUCUCAUCAAUGGAAGCUGCCUCUGCGGUGCAGUCAAGUACACCGUCGCAGGAGGGCAUCCUCUCACGGUACUCUGUCACUGCAACAGCUGCCGAAAAUUCACUGGCUCAUCAUUUGGGGCCAACAGCCUGGUCGAUAGAAAGAACCUCAUCGUGCAAGACCCCGAGUCCAAGAUCUCGGUGUACAGGGCCCAGACUGCCGACUCUGGUACUUCGCUGGCCCGCUCCUUCUGCAGCGCCUGCGGCUCUUCACUCUUCGUUGCCCAUGAGAAGGAUUUUCCAAACCAAGUCGCCGUUACUUCGGGGACCAUGGAUGGCGUGCAGGGUAUCGAGGGCGCCAGCAGCGAGAGACUGUGGAUGCCCAAGCUGGAAUUCUUCUGUAAAAGGAAAGCAACGUGGUUAUCAACCAAAGGUACGACGCAGAGAGAGACCAUGUAA